GAAAGGCAAUAGAAAAGUCUGGCUCUAGGACGGUUCAAUUGUGACCCUCUUCUCCACUGUUUUGCUCCUCUUCUUCUUUAUUUUCUGCAGAAAAAAGUCAUCUCUGAUUUUGUGUGUUUUUAGAUUGAUUUCUUUGUAGUUUAAACACACACUUGCUUCCAAAACACCUAACAUUUGUCUCUCCACUCCACAGAUCCCUCCAAAGCCCAUCAGAUGGAGGAGCUUGCAAUUUGCAAAUAGCUCUUUCUUCCCUUUGGCCGAAUCACUAUAUAUAUAUUUUUUUGACCAGAUGGCCGAAUCACUAUUCACUUACAUUGUAUUGCAGCCUACAAUUGAUUUUGAUCUGUAAUCUUGGUUUUAUUAUCCAUGGCUUCUAAAAGAACCUUAGAUCAUUCUCCUUGUUUUCCAGCCCCCCAAAGGAGAAAAGUCUCUUCUUGUUUUGCUUCUUCCUCAUCUUUGACACAACCUCGCUGGAGCUAUGACGUGUUCUUGAGUUUCAGAGGUGAAGAUACCCGCAAAAACUUUACUGAUCAUCUCUACGAGGCCUUGGUUCAAGCUGGAAUUCGCACCUUCAGGGAUGAUGACGAACUUCCAAGAGGACGUGAAAUUUCUUCGGAGCUGCUAAAAUCAAUCGAAGAAUCAAGGAUCUCCAUCGUUGUUUUCUCAAGAAACUAUGCUUCUUCGAGAUGGUGCCUUGAUGAGCUCGUGAAGAUCAUUGAAUGCAAGAAAACACUUGGACAAUUAGUUCUCCCAAUAUUCUACGAUGUCUGUCCAUCUGAUGUACGGAAACAAACAGGGUAUUUUGGAGAAGCAUUUGGAAGACAUGAAAAGCGCUUUGUGGAUGAGAUGGAGAAGGUAGAGGUGAGGAGAGCUGCCCUCAAUGAAGCUGCUAAUUUAUCAGGCUGGGAUUUGCAAAAUGUUGCUAAUGGGGAUAUGGGGAGGGAGAUUAUUCGUGAAAAAUAUCCGAAUGAGCCUGAAAAGCGCAAUAGAUUGUGGUUUCAUGAAGAUGUAUGCUGUGUACUUGAAAAAAACAAGGGAACAGAAGCAGUUGAAGGUGUGAUCAUGACCCUACCCAUGUUAAAGAAGAUACAAUGGAGUACUAAAGCCUUUGCUGGGAUGCCUAAGUUAAGAUUGCUUCGAAUAGAUCAUGUGCACCUUUGUGGAAAUUUUAAACAUCUAUUUGAAGAGUUAAGAUGGCUCUGUUGGCAGUACUGCCCAUUGGAGUCUUUACCAUCCAAUUUUCGUCCAGAGAAACUUCUUGUUUUAGACAUGCAAUUCAGUAGAUUUAAAACACUCUGGAUGGAUGGCAAGCAAUUCAAGAGCUUGAAAAUUUUAAAUCUCAGUAAUUCCAAAUGCCUAGCAACAAGCCCCAUCUUUUGUGCACUACCGAUGCUUGAUGAAUUACUGCUUGAAAGUUGUACAGGUUUAAUGGAGCUCCAUGAAUCAAUUGGGCUUCUAGAUAAACUUGUUCACUUGAAUUUGAAAGAUUGCAUGAACCUCAGGUAUCUUCCAGGCAGUAUCUGCAAGUUGAAGUCUGUUAAACAUAUAAAUCUCACUGGUUGUGCGAAACUAGAGGAGUUUCCAAAGCACUUGGGACAUAUGGAAAGCUUAACAGAGCUUCUUGCGGAUGGAACAGCCAUUAAACAACUACCUUUCUCUAUUGGACUACUGAAGAAUCUUAGGACGUUAUUGUUGAAGGGAUGUAAUAUGCAAUUGACAACUAAAUCCUGGUUUUCUCUCAUUUCAUCUUGGGUUUUACAGAGAAAAAAUGCUGACUCCAUAAGAUUUUUACCAUCCACUGUUUCAGGUUUGUGUUCCUUAACAAAGCUAGAUCUCAGUAAUCGCAAUCUGUCUGAAGGAGAUUUUCCAGUUGAUUUUGGGAGUUUAUCCUUAUUGCGAGUGUUGAAGUUAGACGGAAACAAUUUUCGUAGCCUACCAUAUGGCUUCAGUCAUCUAUCCAAGCUAGAAGACCUUGGGUUGGAUAACUGCACAAGUCUUCAAGCUAUCUCAGAUCUUCCUCCUAAUUUAUUGGACUUAUAUGCUUAUAAUUGUGCAUCACUUCAAAAAAUAUCCGAUCUAUCAAAAUUGAAGAAUCUAGUAGUGUGGUUGAGUAACCCCCAAUUUGAGCAGAUUCUCUCAAAUCGUUAUAAUGAUGGAAUGGAAGAUCCUCACCGUUUUCAAGGUGUACAAAUCAUUCCUCUGGACAGGCUCAACAAGCUCAGCAAUUUGCAAAAUCCCCUUCAGCAUCUUGUUGACAACUCCUUCCUCGUGAGCGACUCUUUCUAUGCCGGUGGUGACUUGAGCCAUCGUUUCCUCCAUCAAAUAAUAGGGUCUUCUUCGAUAUCCUUAGAAGUGCCAGUAGUGCAAGGGGAAGACGACUUCGUUGCAGGGUUCACUUGGGAAGUUGUUUAUUAUAGAUCUGGGGAUAAAGAAAGUUGCUCCAUGGAAUCAGAUAAUUUUCCACACGUCAUUAUUACUGAUAAAAUUAAUGGCAUCGAUUUUACUUAUACUCCAACCUUCUUCGGCAUCCCUGAGAGUUGUGCAAAUUAUCGUUGGGAAUGCCAUAUGUUUGUUGAAGAUUAUUUUGGGUAUAGAAUUAAAGGUGGUGAGCAAUUCGAGAUUUCUUUCAUUAUGCCGUCACCUAUUAAAGUUAAGCAAUGUGCGGUGGAUCUGAUUGUCUAUUACCAGAGCCACAUCACCUACCAUGGAUUGAGUAAGUACUGGAGGCCUCGUUCUACCGAUGACGAAGUAUGAUCAUGAAAAUUGUCACCAAAACAUCAAUUGUAAUGGGCCAUCUCACAUUUUCCUUUGAAUAAAUAUGAAUAAAUUACAAAUACAUUUGCUUAAA